GCUACGCGUUAUUGGCUCUCGGUGGAAGGGGGGGAGACUCUACCUGUACCUGUGAGGAGGAGUGCCAUUCGUCAUCGUCGGAUUCCGAAUCGGGAUCAACUUUUCCUUCUUCCAGGAGCGCGGAGAGGUAGAAGUCUGCCAGGAGCGCCGGGAAGUGAAUGAGCGACUGCAGCAGGACUCCGAGCAUGGAGCCUAUAAUGUCGUGGAGCGAGGACACAGUCACGGAGUGGCUCCUAGGUUUGGAUGUCCCUCUUAAUCAGUACCCAGUCUCAGAGUGGCAUUUGUCGGGAAUGAAACUUCUCCAGUUGAGUUCUCUGGACCUGGAGAGGUUGGGAGUCAAAAAGAUCGGGCACCAGGAGCUCGUACUGGAGGCUGUAGAGAAGCUCUGCUCUUUGACCUAUGGCAUCGGAGGAGAGAGCAUAAAAGGUCUGACGGAGAAGCUGCGUGCAGUUGCCCACACACUGCAGAUGGGCAUCCAGAGCCGCUGGCGCAACAACAACUACGAAGGACAGAGCACCAAAAAGCUGACCUCUGGCAUCCUGCACAUUGUUGUGGAGCUCAUCACAUCUGCCAAAGGCCUCUUCUCUUUACUUAACAGAAAUCAGUUUUUCCAGCUCAGUGGAUUCAGCUCGACCAAGAGCAUAUUCGGUUACUGCAGAGCGCUAGGAGACAUUGCGCACAAGGACACUGUAGUCUAUGAAAAGGAAAAGGACAUCAUCUCUGUGUGCCGUCAGUUGGUGGCAGUCUGUGAUGAGAUCUUGAACUCCAGUCCUGAAGCACUUCUUACCCAUACAGCUCGGCUGGAGAGCGUCGAUUUGGUGCCGGUGUCACCUGAUGAUCAGCUGGGGAUCGAGAUAACAUCCACCAGCUCCAGUAACCACUACGUGACUGGAACCGCCGCUGAGCCUUCCAGUGAUGCUUACUUGAGGAUCUUAGCCGGAGAUGAGGUGGUUAAAGUCAAUGACCAGAUUGUGGUGGGCUGGAGCAGAGCUAACCUUGUAAAGAAGCUGCGAGAGAAUCCCUGCGGAGUGACCCUGGUCUUGAAGAAGAUCCCCGGAUCAGUGCGGCACAAAGACUCCACACAGAAGGAGGAAGAAGAGAGAGACCAAAGGUCAGAGGGGGAAGAAGAGAAAGACGAUAAGGAGGACAAUCCAAGACACUCCAUAUUUGAGAGGGUGGCGGCUUCUGUCAGGUCCUUGUCUUUUAGGCGAGCUGUGCAUGGGCCGGAGGUAAAUCAGCCUCCUAUGGGCCCGGAGGAAUCUGAAUUCAAUUGUGACAAGGAGCAAGAGGGCAGUCUGACUGUGAUUUCAUACCCAACCCAGCAGGACAGGCUGUCCCCUCUGUCAGCCUCCGGGGACUUUGGCAGCACCGAAGGUUUGAGGCUCUCCCCGAACCUCAGGAGGGACCGGUCGCCCUCACCCAGAACUCCUUCCCCUCACAGAUUGAACCAGGAAAGGGGUAGCGUCAGUUCCUGCCCUGAGAUGGUUGGGCAUACGGCUAAUAAGGACACUAAAAAGUUCUGUACAAAAGGAAUGUCUACUGCUCUGAGCCGGCGCCGCGUUUCCUGCCGUGAGUUGGCUCAUCCCGAUUGUGAUGGCUGGCUCUGGAAGAAAAGAAAGGAGAGCAGUGUCUUCAUCGCCCAGAAGUGGCAACGCUUCUGGUUUGUCCUCAAGGGGCCUUGUCUUUACUGGUACAUAACCCAACAGGACGAGAAAGCAGAAGGUCUCGUCAAUAUCGCCAGCUAUAACAUAGAGAGCGCUGGAGAGCACAAAAGAAAAUAUGUUUUCCAGAUGUGCCACCGCAAAUUUCAGAACUUUUUCUUCGCCGCUGAUAAUGUCAGCGAGAUGAGCAAGUGGAUCAACUGUUUGAUCUCAGCCAUACAGAAGCACCAGAAGUUCCAGAAAGGUCCAGAUAGUGAAGAAGAAUGCUACAGUGAAACUGAAUCUGAGGGUGAAUCAUCUCCUUCUCCGCGCAGGAAGAACAAGAAGGUGCAAUCCAACACUCUGCCUCGACCCAAGAAGACGAACAAGACGUCAUUAUCGAGUUGUUCAACAGAGGGCAGCAAAGGAACAAGCGGCCCGGAAGAUGAGAUGAGCACGAUGAUAAACAACUUAAAGGAAGGAGGAGUGUCUCUGAUCGGACAUGAGCAGCCAUUUACGCACGACCACUUCAGGAAAUCCUUCAUUAGGCGCAACAAGAACCCUGUCAUCAACGAGAAGGCACACACGCUGCGGGCCCUGCAAAGUACUCUGAAGGCCAGAGAGGCGGAGCUGCAGCAGAUCAACAAACUACUGGAGGACUCUGAUCUGACACCUUCAAGGUACCGUCAGUGGAAGGAGAACAACGAGGAGCUAGUUCAAGAAAUCGACAGACUUGCCGCUCUCAAAGCCUCAAAAACUGAAGGGGACGUUGCGCCGGUGCAGGACACGCCUGCUGAGGAGGUUGCCUUGGAAACUGUUGCCAAGGAAACAGCUGGCGCAUACAGACUCAGCCUAAGUGAUGGAGAGCAGCUAGUUGAUGCGGAGCCAUGUGAUGUUCAUCUGGAAAUCCCACCGGGCUCUCCAAGUGCAGAGAUGAGCCCGGUGUUGGAUCUCUCUCUGGGAUCGCUGGAAGAGUCCAUAAAAAAACAGCUGAAUGAAAUGGCACAAAGCGACGAAGCUGGCGAGUCAUUCUUCUACAUUUAAGGCCCUACUGGGACAAUAUCACCAGUUCAGACUUUCUAUGUUCAUUUAAGUCACGGAAAUAGUAUAUAUUUCUCAUGCAGCUCUGUCACCAUUUGUUCUGCUGACACUCACCUGAAUGGAUUAAAUGUUAUUACCAUAAAAUAAAUGCUCCAAUCAAUUACAUCAGAAAAACACAUCCGUACAGUUUUUUGUCUAUUGUAGGUACAAAAAUCUCCUAAGUGUAAAUCUGGUUUCAGCAUGUAUUUAUGGAAUUCUGGGGUUCUCUUGUUUUAUAUGAAUAAAAAAUAUUAAGUAGGACCCUGGGAAUUCAGAGAUAUUUUUUAAUUGUAAUUCAUGUUUUUUUAUGUCAUAUGUAAAUAUAUUGCAUAAAUAUAGUUGUAUUUUUUUUGCUGACAUUACCUUAGUAAAGGUACGUGUGAAUAACGCUGCACAGAACGUUCACUUUAGAAAUCCUGCUAUUAUUGCUCCUGUUGGUCAAGGCUGCAGGUAUUUUUUGUGGUUUGUUUUAUAGCUAAUUUAGCUCUGAGAACAUUAACUUCACCACAUAUGUGCUCUUGUCUAUGAGAACUGUAUACCAGGGCUGUUUGGUAGUCGUCCUUAUGGCCUGUAUCUCAUCACAACCUGAAAUAUCUGUUUUUCAUGGAUCAGGUUUCUGUAACCUUCAGUGGCUUGAUAAAAGCUCAGUGUUGAUUUCCCAAAUUUGUUUGGAAUAAAAAUUAAGAUCAGUGUGACUAAGACAAUAACUGAAAAUAACAGAUAAAAUCCUGUGUACCUGGUUGUCCAGUCUGUCCUUUGUGGAUUAAUCUAUCUUUUCUCAGGUCCAUUACGUAGUCAGUAUUUUCUGUAAUGUGUUCAAAGUUCGCACCGUGAGAACGUUUUUUUUUCUUUGUCUGCCGGAAAAACAAAAGAUGUAUUAUAUGUGUAUAUUUUUCACAUCCUCUUAUUAUCAGUGCAAGAUCCCACCUACCGCCUACGUUUACUGUCAAUUGUUUUCUC